AUGGACGACUACGACGAGUUUGGUAACUACAUUGGCGAGGAGGUGGAAGAGGUUGUGGCCAACGGCGUGGAGGAGGUGCAUAUCGAGGAGGACCAACGGAUCCCCGACAGCGACGAUGAAAUCGAGGACGACAGCAAGACGGAAAUGGUGCUCAACCCCGACACGGCCCAUCUGGCUCUGGAGCCCAUGGUGCGAGAUAUGGAGGUGGAAGGCGGCAACCAGCAGAUCACGCUCCACGAAGACAAGGUCUACUACCCCAGAAUGGAGUCUGUGUACGGUCCUGGAGUGGAAAUCGUUCAUAACGACAGAGAUGGGCAGAGCCUGGAAGAACCCAUGGUAGAGCCUGAAAGAGAGGUCAUCAAGGAGGAGGGAUUGCCGGAGACCACAUACCAGCGCGACUACCAGGUGGCAAUGAUGUCACAGACGGAGUACAUUCGAAACGUGUCGAUUGUGGGCAAUCUUCAUCAUGGAAAGACUGCAUUAUGCGACAUGCUGAUUGAAGCGACACACAAGCUGACAGACGAGCAUUCGGGCCAUAUCAACGGACACGUGUCCAGAUACACAGAUACUGCGGCCGUGGAGAUCGAGCGAGGCGUCAGCACUAAGACCAACCCCCUGAGUAUGCUGUUGGCCGACUCCAAGCACAAGUCGCAUGCCAUGACAUUUCUCGACACUCCCGGUCACGUGAAUUUCUACGACGAGGUUAUUUGUGCUUUGUCCAUCACCGAAGGAGCUCUGCUGGUCGUGGACGUGGUGGAGGGACCUUUGGCAGGUACUAAGGAGGCUAUCCGCAACGCAUUCAGACACAGUAACACUCUGACUCUCUGCAUUAACAAGUUGGAUCGGCUGAUUCUGGAUCUACGACUGCCACCGGCCGAUGCCUACUACAAGAUUGCCAACGUGAUCGACGAAAUCAACAUAUUUAUUGCCUCCGAAUUUGGCGAGGAGCGGUACUUUGAUCCCCUCACCAACGUCAUGUUUGCUUCGGCCAAGUUCCGAUUUGUGUUCACUCUGGAGUCCAUGGCACGCAAGGUGACCCCCAACUAUACCGCGCUGACGAAGCGGCUGUGGGGAAACGUGUUCUACAACCCCGAAACCAGCGCAUUUUCUACACAAGCAUCUUCCACGGCCAAACGAGCCUUCGUGUACUUCGUACUGGAGCCUCUGUACAAGGUUUUUUCUACCUGUCUUGGAGAAGAGCCUGAGAAGGCUGUUAAUAUGCUCAGUUCUCUGAAGCUGCCCAAACAUUCUCAGAAACUGGACGCAGAAGACCUUAUCAGAACGGCAUGCAUCGCCUUCUUUGAGACCUACUCUCCAUUGGUCGACAUUCUAACACGAUACAUCCCGGCACCAAAGGUGGGCGAGGAGAAGGAAGAGGCCGAGAAACCUACAGUUGUCAAGGUGGCCAAAUUAAUUGCAUCAGCCGACAGAGAAUCGUUCUAUGCGUUGUCUAGAAUCGUUUCUGGCUCCGUGCGACUGGGCCAGAAGGUUAAGGUGUUGGGUGCCCAUUAUGUGCCCAACGAGGACGAAGAAGAUUGCGCGGAUGCAACUAUCACAGACCUGUUUGUGUCCCAAACAAGAUACAAGUAUACUGUGGUCUCUGCGCCUGUGGGCAACAUUGUUCUGAUUGGAGGUAUCGAUAAAACUAUCAUCAAGAAUGCCACAGUGACCACAGACAAGUCCAUCUUCCCCUUUUCUCCUCUACAGUUUACUCCUCCAGUUUUCAAGAUUUCAAUUGAGCCCGUGAACCCUUCAGAGCUCCCCAAGAUGCUUGAUUCUCUGAGAAAGUGUCAAAAGUCCUAUCCCCUGCUUCAAACUAAGGUGGAGGAGUCCGGAGAGCAUGUCAUAUUGGGCUCAGGAGAGCUUUACGUGGACUGCGUUAUGCAUGAUAUGAGACUGGUGUUUGCUCGUGACCUUAAUGUUAAGGUGUCUGACCCCACAACCCGGUUCUGCGAGACUUGUGUGGAGUCCAGUGCUAUCAAAACAUACGCAGAGACCCCCAACAAAAAGUCCAAAAUCACAAUCAUCGCCGAGCCUCUGGAAGAAGACGUAUCAAAGACCAUAUCUCUGGGCCAAAUCACACCUACAGACAAGCAGGGCUUUGCAAAGCUCGGAUACGAUGCUCUAGCGUCUAGAAACGUCUGGGCAUUUGGUCCUACAGAGACCAGUCCUAACCUGCUUCUUAACGACACGAUUCCUGGUGAAGUCAACAAACAGCUUCUCAACUCUGUGAAGGACAGUGUUGUUCAGGGUUUCAUGUGGGCUACUCGAGAAGGUCCUCUGUGCGAAGAGCCUCUUAGAGACGUCAAAUUUAAGGUGAUGGAUCUUGAUUUGGCUGACAAGGCCAUUUUCCGAGGCGCUGGCCAGAUCAUUCCCACUACCAGACGUGCAUGUUACUCCAGUUACUUGCUGGCUGGGCCUAGACUUAUGGAGCCCAUCUACUCUGUCCACGUGACCUGUCCUCAUGCUGCUGUCAAGGUUGUUCUUGAGGUUCUAGAGAAGCGCCGAGGUCAUCUCACUUCUGACACUCCUAUUGGUGGCACUACUCUCUACGAGGUUAUGGGCUACGUUCCUGUCAUGGACUCGUUUGGUCUUGAAACCGACAUCCGAGUGGCUACACAGGGUCAGGCUCUUGUUUCUCUCAUCUUCAACGACUGGCAGGUUGUUCCUGGAGAUCCUCUGGACAGAAGCAUUAAGCUUCCUUCUCUUCAGGCCAUGAGCGGCACUUCUCUUGCUCGAGACUUUGUGGUCAAGACUAGACGACAUAAGGGCUUGUCGGACGAUCCUACCGUCACCAAGUACCUCGAUGACUCGUUGCUGAAGACUCUUACAGAGAGUGGCCUGUUGGGAUAA